AUGGUUGGCAAGGCUCUCGAUCAAGCAAGGACCCUCAAUGCUUUGUAUGAGCAGGCGGAAACUGAGGUCGGGAGACUGAAGGGUUCCACGUCGUCUUCUUCUGCGUCGGCCCGGGCCACGGAUGGCGUAACAACACCUACUCCUGCGAAUGGUGGUGCUAUUUCGGCCAAGGAGAACGUUAGGGUAUCGAUACAGAUGCCUGAGCGUUAUAAUGGUGGCACGGACUUCCGAGCUUGGUUGCGGCGUUACGAGAAUACCGCCAAUGCGGCUGGUUGGAGUGCUGCAACUAAAGCUCUUCGGUUGGGUAUGUAUUUGUCCGACGACUACUACGAGAGCUGGGAUCAGUAUGCUUCUAAGAACGACUUCGAGAAGGACUGUCAGACUCUGUCUCAUGUCUUCGCGCGGACCACGACUGAUGCCUCCCUCGAGAAGUUCUAUGCCCUGAAGUGGGCCGGCGAGACAAAUCUCUCGGUCUUCCUAGCACGAGCACGUCGAGUGUUGGAAGAAUACAACCGCAAGUUGCCCCCUGAGAAGUGGCUAUCUGCAGCUACUAUCGACCAGAUGGUCUUGGACAAGCUUGUUUCUGUGGCGCCUCCGGCGGCCAAGGCGGAGUUGAGGAAGACUAAGCCAACAAGUAUUGAAGAAAUGGUCGAUAUCGUCAGUGAUUACACGGACUCUGGACAGGGUACCUCUGCUCUACCAGUGUCUACGUUACAAAAGUUUGAGGACCGCUUGGACAACAAGUUGGCUAAGGUCAUGGCAGCUGUCACAGGAGCGCAAUCGCCGGUAAUUCCCUCGGACUCUAUAACCAAGCUUACAGAGAAGAUCACCGCCUUGGAGAAGCAAGUAGCCGCAAGGACUCCUCAGGGACGUCCAAGGUAUUCGGGCUCGCCCAAAUGUGGAAUCUGCACGGCUGGUCAUAUUACGAAGAACUGCCCUCUCAAACAGUUUGAUAAGGGUUGCUAUAUGUGUGGUGCGGAAGGUCAUCUGGCUCGCCAAUGUCCCAAGUCUCUCCUGAAAGCCCAGAAGGCUCCCUCAGGGGAAGGACUACGCGAGUCGGGAAACUAG